ACAAAAAUUAUCCAUGGUUUUAUUACAGUAAAAGUGUAGUAACUGUUUUCUGGCGUAUUAUCAUUUGUAUAACCACAGUUUUACUGGAAACACCAUGGUUAAACUAUGGUUAGUGCAGCAAAUCCAUGGUUAAUUUGUGGUUACCAUGUUUUUUUUUUUAGUAAAAACAUGAUUUAUUUUCAUAACGGUUUGCUGAAUAUAAAUAUAAAAAGUACAUUACGCAAUUCACAUUCCUAUUGUUUCUAUGCAGUUAAUUAGAUUAAUUUAUAUGAGUUCUUGGCUGCUGGUACCAAUAACUAGAAAGUGAAGCAGAUGGCAAACUGUAUUAUCCAUUACCAGAUAUGUUUGUAGCCUACUGCACAUGUAACAAACGGUUAAACCGGGACAGUUAUUGCUAAAUGUGUUCACGUAUCACUUUGGCUUACAGAAGCACUAUAAAAUAUGAGGAUGUCUAGUUAAUCAUACUGGCUAACGUCGGAAACGCACUACCUCUCAACCUUCACUAAAAUCAACGCUGCUGUCUCGCGAGUGCAUUUGCGCAUGCGCAGAUGUGCAGGUCUGCUUUGAGCGGGUCGCGAACUCUGACCUCCUGUAGCUGCAGUGAGCCGUCAGUUUACGAUAAUUUAUCAAAACAUCACAGUAGUUGGAUAAUUUCUCACGCGUUCAGGGUCUUGUUGCAAAUGGUUGAUGUGGAUCCUUGAGAGUUGUUGCGUGUUAUUUUUCUCAGUGAGCGUGUGGCUGAUGGGGCGUUGCUGAGCCUCGGUUCUGACAGAACGGUAUCAUGGAAGGAGAAAGUCCCAGAAUUCAGCUGGUGUCUGCAGAUGGAGGCCUACAGAUUGUGACGGAGCAGCAGUUGGCUCAGAAGGUGCAGAUAGUCACAGCCAUUGAUCAGGCUGGAGCCGGCAAGCAGCAGUUUAUAUUAGCUAACCUGGAUUACCCCAACCAGGAGAAACUGUUCAUCAAACAAGAGAACUCACCAGCCAAGGUCAUCUUAACAUCUGCUGAUGGGUCUGCUGUCAAUCAACUGCUUUUCGCAUCACCUGAGCUGACAGGACAACAGAUCCAGUUUGUGACGGAAGGCUCAGAACAGGGUACUACAAAGCCUCCAGUGGAGUAUUGUGUAGUUUGUGGAGACAAGGCCUCAGGUCGUCAUUAUGGAGCAGUGAGCUGUGAGGGCUGUAAGGGUUUCUUCAAGCGCAGCAUCAGGAAGAAUCUGGUGUACACAUGCCGCGGGUCUGGAGAAUGUGUCAUCAACAAACACCAUCGGAACCGGUGUCAGUACUGCAGACUGCAGCGCUGCAUGGCGCUCGGCAUGAAACAAGACUCUGUUCAGUGUGAGAGGAAACCGGUGGAGGUGUCGAGAGAGAAGCCAGCAAACUGUGCGCCCUCCAUCGAAAAGAUCUACAUCCGGAAAAACCUCUGCAGCCCUCUCGCCGCCAUGCCAACGUUUGUUAGUGAAAAAGAGACUGCCAGGUCCACCAGUUUACUGGACUCCAACAUGCUCUUGAACAUCCAGCAGUCUCUUUCCAAACUUGACAACACCAUUUUAAUUCCUUCUUCACCAGAUCAGAAUGAUUCUAGUCAAGGAGAUCUGGGUACCUUGGCCAACGUGGUCACGUCACUCGGUCACCUCAGCAAAAGUCGUGAGAUGAUGGACAGCAGUACCGACCUGUCAGGGAUAGAGACCAUGAGUAACGAUGACAGCGUUAUGACAGACAUUCAAAGGGAUGAGCCGAAUGAUGUCACACGGGCCUUUGACACGCUCACAAAGGUGCUUCAGUCGGAGGAGGGUUGUGGGGAAGAGGUGGCUGAGGGGGCUGUCAGGGUCGAUGAACAGACCACCGCCCUAUUAGAACUAGAGGGUCCGCUGCUCUCAGAUAUGCAUGUGCCCUUUAAGCUGAUGAUGCCGCUGCCCAUGCCAGACUUCCUGAAUCUGAAUUACAUCUGUGAAUCAGCUUCUCGUCUACUUUUCCUCUCAAUGCACUGGGCACGCUCUAUUCCAGCUUUCCAGGCCCUUGGCUCAGAGAACAGCAUCACGCUGAUGAAGGCCUGCUGGAAUGAGUUGUUUGCUUUAGGUCUGGCUCAGUGUUCACACAUUAUGAACGUAGAAACCAUCCUCACAGCCAUAAUUAACCACUUGCAGACCAGCCUGGAUGAAGAAAAGCUGUCCCCGGAGCGCGUGAAGCUAGUCAUGGAGCAUAUCUGGCGUAUGCAGGAAUUUUGUAACAGUAUGAGUCGCAUGAGUCCUGAUGCAUAUGAAUAUGCUUACCUCAAAGCUGUGGUUCUCUUCAGCCCAGAUCACUCUGGAGUGGACGGCACCCUUCAGAUCGAACGCUUUCAGGAGAAAGCCUACAUGGAACUACAGGACUAUGUGAGCAAAGUGUAUCCAGAGGACACAUAUCGUCUUUCAAAACUGUUAGUUCGUCUGCCUGCUCUGCGGCUCAUGAGCGCGGCGGUGACCGAAGAGCUCUUUUUCGCCGGUCUAAUCGGGAACGUUCAGAUUGACAGCAUCAUUCCCUACAUCCUCAAAAUGGAGUCUACCGACUACAACAGCCAGCCAAUCAGCACUGCUGAGUGACAGAAACCCCGCCCACAGCCACACCCAUCAGCUUUGCUCGCUCAGACCCUUUGAGCCGAAACAUAUGAUAUAAUCAUGUGAAUUUUGAACGAGGAAAUCAUUUUGUUCUGACUUUGCUUUUUCAUUUGGUCAGUGGUUGUGUCUAUGGGUUAUGUAGUAUGGAUAAAGUGGUUUACCGCAACUGUUGCGGUCGGAUCAUUUGGCUUUUAUUGUACUAGUGUACUUAUGUUUAGAAAAAGUGUCUAUAAAGAUACAGGAAGUGCAAGGAAUCUGUUCUUAAGAACUUGUUCCAAAGAGAACUUUCCCCCCUGCCCCAAGCACUGACUUUCUCUGUAUGUAUAUGAAUGAUGUAUAUAGGAAUAAUAAAUGUCAAAUCAAGGGGGAAAAUGUCUGUAUUUUGGUAUUUGUUGGAAACUUCCUUUUUUAUGAACACAUUAAAUGUGAUAUACAGGGUUCCCACAGUCACGGAAAAUCUUAUUUUCAUCCCUGGAAAAGUCAUGGGAAAUUAUGUAGUGCAUGGAAAUGUUUCUGUUUAAGCUCUAUUAUAUUUAAUUGGCAAAAUAUCAAUCUAUGAGUGCAAUCUUCAAUGUGUGGGAGUAUAGACAGUGAUUGAACUCUGUAACGUUUAAAUAACGAAUAUGUUUGUGUUGUGUUGCAUUUUUUUUUUUUUUUUUAUUAAAGGUUAAACCAGACUUUCAGAAACAUGUUCUGGACAAGCUUGGACACUUAAAUUGCACUAUAAAUCAUUAUUACUAUCAUUGAAACACCUGGAAUAUUUCUUAAUAAACUGUUAAUGUCUGCCAAUACACAUCACCCAGAGACAUGAUCUGCUCAAACCAAAGUAAAAACAUUUAAUCGUUAGAAUUUGCGUCAAUGUAAUUGUGAUAUUGUGGCAAAAAGAAAAUAAUAUGAUUUCCAUCUUUAAAAGCUGUUUAUACGAUAAAUGCAGGCGAUAUUAUGCGGACCUGAACAUGUACUGCAUAACAAGCAUGAACCUGCUGCUACUGCUGUUCGUUUCAUUGCUUCAGGUAAAUUAUAAAGAUAAAG